CCCCAGAGCAGUACCAUGCUGACUAGCUGUCUGUCUGUCUGUCCUUUUAUUCCUGACUUCCCUUCCCUCAACAUUGCUCAGCCGGAAGGAAUCAGAAUGAACAAAACUGUGGUUGUUCGCACACUGAAUCCAGAAAACCUGGGCCAAAAUGGUGUGCAGCGAGAGGAGGUCGAAGCCGCAGACCUCAGCGACCAAGUCCCCGACACGGAGUCGGAGACCAGGAUCCUCCUGCAGGGGAACCCAGUGGCCCAGAUGGUGGAGGACGCCAUCGAUGCGGAGCGACUGGAGCACCUCAUUGUGACCCCCUCGGGCUGCGGGGAGCAAAUCAUGAUUGGCAUGACGCCAACAGUCAUCGCGGUGCACUACCUGGACCAAACGGAGCAGUGGAACAAGUUCGGCCCAGAUAAGAGGCAGGAGGCCUUGGAACUCAUCAAAAAGGGGUACACCCAGGAGCUGUCCUACAGACAACCCAACAAGGCCUUUGCGGCCUUCCCGGACCGUACACCCAGCACCUGGCUGACAGCCUACGUGGUCAAGGUCUUCUCUCUGGCCUCCAACCUCAUUGCCAUCGACUCUGAAGUCCUCUGUGGGGCUGUCAAGUGGCUAAUCCUGGAGAAGCAGAAGCCCGAUGGAGUCUUCCAGGAGGAUGGACCCGUGAUACACCAAGAAAUGAUUGGUGGCUUCAAGAAUGCUGAAGAGAAAGAUGUGUCCCUCACAGCCUUCGUGGUCAUUGCACUGCAGGAGGCUAAAGAGAUUUGCGAGGGACAGGUCAAUAGCCUGGGGGGCAGCAUCAAUAAGGCAGGAGACUUCCUUGAAGCCCAGUACGAGAACUUGCGGAGACCAUAUACUGUAGCCAUUGCUGGCUAUGCCCUGGCCCAGCUGGACAAGCUGCACGGCUCCCGCCUCAACAAAUUUCUGAACACAGCCACAGAGAAGAACCGCUGGGAGGAGCCUGGCCAGAGGCUCUACAAUGUGGAAGCCACAUCCUAUGCCCUGUUGGCCCUGUUGCUGCUCAAAGACUUUGACUUUGUGCCUCCAGUCGUGCGCUGGCUCAACGAGCAGAGAUACUAUGGAGGUGGCUAUGGUUCCACCCAGGCCACUUUCAUGGUGUUCCAAGCCUUGGCCCAAUACCAGCAGGACGUCCCUGACCAUGAUGAUCUGAAUCUGGAUGUGUCCAUCAACCUGCCCAGCCGCAGUGCUCCGGUGGUGCACCGCAUUCUCUGGGAUUCCGCUAGCCUCCUGCGCUCUGAAGAGACCAAGGAAAAUGAGGCUUUCACAGUGACAGCUAAAGGGAAAGGACAAGGCACCUUGUCGGUGGUAACAAUGUACCAUGCCAAGGUCAAAGGCAGAGCCACCUGCAAGAAAUUCGACCUCAGGGUUAACAUACGACCAGCCCCUGAACCAGUCAAGAAGCCCCAGGAUGCCAAGAGCACCAUGUACCUUGAGAUCUGUACCAGGUACUUGGGAGACAAUGAUGCCACUAUGUCCAUCCUGGAUAUAUCCAUGAUGACUGGCUUUGCUCCCGAUAUUGGUGACCUCAACCUGCUGAGCAGUGGCACUGACAGAUACAUCUCUAAGUAUGAGCUGAACAAGGCCUUCACCAACAAGAACACCCUCAUCAUCUACCUGGACAAGGUAAGGCUUGCAUUGGGAGUGCAGGUUGGACAGGAGCGCAAGUUCAUCAGUCACAUCAAGUGCAGAGCAUCCCUGAAGCUGCAGGAAGGGAAACACUACCUCACAUGGGGCCUUUCAUCGGACCUGUGGGGUCGGAAACCCAACAUCAGCUACAUCAUUGGGAAGGACACCUGGGUGGAGCUGUGGCCAGAGGCCGAUGAAUGCCAAGACCAGGAGAACCAGAAACUGUGCCAGGACCUGGCCAGCUUCACGGAGAACAUGAUCGCCUUUGGCUGUCCCAACUGAUCCCCCAUCACUGUCCCCCCAAUAAAGCUUCAGUUGUAUUGCA